UCUGGGAGGGAGUGGCUCUGCUCUGAGAGAGAGCGACAGGUUCAUCCAGUUUUGUUAAAGGGUAGAUGCAGCACUUCUUGAAACACAAACAGACUCUGGCUCACAGAGGAAGGGGCAGCAGGUGCUCUGAAGUUUUAUAGAGGAAGUCAAAGUGAAUCAAGGCACAGAGCAGUCUGUGUGAAAUGGCCUCGUCGCCGAAUGACCCUCCUCACCCCUAUUACGCGAACCCGGUCCAGCCUCACUCUGAGAUUGGAGAGGGGAUCAACUACCAACCCUACUACAUCCCCCCGCCCUCCCACGUGCAGCCCCCGACCUACGUGGCGCAGGAGAGGAGACCUAUCCCCCCGAAGUCCAAGCUGUGCGGUGGGAACAAGCGGUGCUUUGGCGGUUCUGGGGGCUCUCUUAUCCUCAGCGGGCUCAUUGGCGUAGCAAUCUGGCUGGGAGUGCGGUACGGGUCCCAGCUUCUCUCCAGUGCGACGAACAGCAGUGACAGCACCUAUGUGGCUGAAACCUGCCCCGCGGGCACCCAGUACUGCGACGGCAAAGCAGAGUGCUCACAGGGAGGAGACGAGCUGGGCUGUGUGCGGUUUGGGUUUAACAACUCCCUCCAGAUGAUGAAUUCCAAGGAUAAGAAGUUUUAUCCAGUUUGCAAUACGACCUGGAGUAACAGUUUUGCUGACAAGACCUGCAAACAGCUAGGGUUCAAUGGAUUUUACAAGACUGACACCCUCGGGGGUUCCUCCCCUGCACUGACUGUAUCUCCAAGCAAGCCGUCCCAGACCAUCCAGGGACAGCUCCAAAUCAAUUCCACAUGCCCAGGCUGUGUAUCUCUGCAGUGUAUAGACUGCGGGGUGCAGCAGGUGUCCGGUCGGAUUAUAGGUGGUGUUCCUGCCAUGCUGGGCAAGUGGCCGUGGCAGGUCAGCCUGCACCACAAUAACUAUCCCACGUGUGGGGGAACGAUCGUGGCACCCAACUUUGUGAUCAGUGCAGCCCACUGCUUCCCCAGUGCGGAGUACAAGAACGCCGGGAGCUGGAAGGUGUAUGCGGGCUUGGUUUCACAGUACCCCCUCCCAUCACCCUUAUACGUGUCAAAGAUCAUCGUGCACGAGAAAUACAGCAAGACAAACAACGACUUCGACAUCGCAGUGAUGAGGCUCAAGAGCCCGGUCUCCUUCUCAAGUACAGUGCAGCCUGCCUGCCUGCCUACCUUCGAUCAGGUCUUUGCCACAGGAACAGCAUGCUGGACCACUGGCUUUGGGACCCUGCAGAGUGGAGCGGACAGUGGCUCCCCCAAUCUGAUGGAGGUCUCUGUGAAGAUUAUCGACCAGUCCACCUGCAACGGCCCGAAAGUCUACAGCGGGGUUCUGACCCAAAACAUGUUGUGCGCUGGGGACCUGCAAGGGGGCGUCGACUCCUGUCAGGGAGACAGUGGCGGGCCCCUGGUGUGUAAGGUGGGUGAGCGGUGGUACCUGGCUGGAGUGACGAGUUGGGGUAUCGGCUGCGGGGCGAGAAACAAGCCGGGGGUCUACACCAGAGUGACACAGCAGCUGACCUGGAUAUACUCCCGAAUGGAGGCUGAAAAACCCUAGAUGCUGAUUUGAGGCCCGACUUCCUGAAUACUCGCAUAACCCAACUGGAAAAAAAAAAAGAAAAAUCCUCCAUGAAAUUGAAGAAAAUGACUCCCCUUUUCAUCCUUGAAAAUCCUUUAAAAUAUGUUUUUAUUUUUGUGAUAAUAUUUGUUUAAGAAUACAAUAAGUCUGCGUCCAGUGCAGCGCCACACAGCAGCCUGUCCUGUCCUGAUGAGGGCAAACGCCUUUUCAUUUCGUUUUAUUCUUGUCUUUAGUUUUCCUUGAAGAUCAUUACAUGAACAACGAACGUGUUUUUAAAAGUUUUAUAACAAACUCAAAAUCUCUCCUGUUGCGUGCCAGAACACCCCGGACAGGAGAGAUAUAUUUAGACUCCUGUCAGAUUUCUGUCACGGCUGGAGGUGUGUUUUUGGUACAUCUCACCGCUGGAAGGUACCAGGGUGUCUUGGGGUUUGUGGAAGCACACGGCCGAGUCCCAGUUUUGGAAGAGAAAUGAGAUCUUUAUUAAUCUGUGAUUUUGAUGAGAAAAGUGCUGUCCUUCGUGUGAACUCACUCUCUCCUUUUUAGGGGAAAAAAGAAUGUUAAAGCUGCUUUAGUUUUUUAAAUGAUCUAUUAAUGCUUUCACUCAGGUUUGUCCUCGUCGCUGUGGGAUAUAGACAACGUUCCCUUGUCACUUUGCAGUGGCAGACUCGUGGAUUUAGUGUGUGAGCAGCCACGUGUUCCUGUGUACAGCCCCUCCACUAAUUCACAACCCUGCAUUUUGUACCUUUUUGAUGUGUUUGCUGGAACGAUAACGAGCGAGCACGCUGCACUGAACUCUGACCUCCUUUAUAUCCUUGGUCCUGAUUGAAUUGAUACAGUUGAGUCUGUUUCCCUUCAGAGGAAAGGACCGAGGCGAAGGGCGAGGGGGGGUGGUUUCAACCAAGGGUCUGCUGGCAGUUUCUCUUUUAAAACCUCCUCAAACUCAAUAUCCAACUCCGAGACUCUCUCUGUGCCAGCUAGGGGCUUCAAACGACAAGCCCGAGGAGUUUCAAAUGAUCCCCCCCCCUCCACAAUACAAAUACAGUGAGAUCCGCACCCUAUAGCUGUGUUUAGAUCAUUCUUCACCAGUACAGACCCCCCUGCCCAGCCCUGCAGUGCCAUGUACAGCAGUCUGCAGCAUCGUGGUGUUAUGCAGGCGCACCUCCUUAUUGAAGUAGAAUAUUGAUUGUGUCGGUAGGUUAUCGUUUUUUCUAGUUUGUUUAUUCCUCAGUAGACGUGCUCUUGCACUGAGGUCUGGGUAAUCUGGGGCACUGAUAAUAAACAAGCUCCUGUACAGUUUCUGUAAUUGAUGUGUGUAUGUGUAGAUAUGUAACCAGUUCUUCUGUAAACCAUAAAAUUUUAAAACAACAAAAA